GCAGGCAGGCAGAGCCAGGGGCGAGCUUGGCUGUGCCCCGCAGGCGUGGGGGUGUAGAGGCCUGGCCUGGGUCCGGCUGGCGGCCGAGCAGAUGGCGAACGGGGAGCUGGACGAGGAGAGCCUGCAGGAGCUCUACUGCUGGGUGGAUGCCAUCCCCCUGUCCCGCCCCAAGAAGAACAUCACCCGGGACUUCAGCGACGGAGUUCUAGCAGCAGAAGUGGUGAAAUUUUACUUUCCCAAAAUGGUGGAAAUGCACAAUUAUGUCCCAGCUAAUUCAACGCAACAGAAACUCUCCAACUGGGGCCAUCUCAACAGGAAGGUGCUGAACAAGCUGAAUUUCUCCAUCCCGGAAGAUCUGAUCCGGAAGAUCGUACAGUGCACGCCUGGCGUGGUGGAGCUGGUGCUACUCCCACUGCGGCAGAAAAUCGAGGAGAAGCAGAGCAAGGUGGCAUCUGGCACAUAUCAGGAGCUGGGCACACGCUAUGCACUCCAUGAGAACGGCCAGACGGAAACAGGCUAUUCGUCGAAGCCAAAGACCAGUGCCGCAGGGAUCUACGUGCAGCAGUCCCCACGAGCGGAAAGGAUGAACAAGGGCCAGCAAGGCUAUGCCCAGGCACUGCCGGGAGACACCAGCUUUCGCAUUCAGUUAGCGGAGAGGGACCAGGCUCUGCUGGCUUGUCAAGAGACGGUCCAGAUCCUGCAGAUGAAGGUGCGGCGGCUGGAACACCUGCUCCACCUGAAGAACGUUCGGAUUGACGACCUCACGAGGCGCCUACAGCAAGUGGAGCAGAAACAGAAAUGAGGCGGCCCUCGGUUUCCCUCCCACGCCCUUCCCUGCGACUCUCACACCCUCAGAACCUCUCACAGGCACACUUGUAAGAGCUGGCGUUCCUGUGCCUCUCCCACUGCUAAUCGCUCCUCCUGGGCUUGGAGAGACUGAGUUGUCCCAGGCAGGACUGGUAGAGUCUGAAUUUGAAAAAUGACACAGGGCUCCCAGUUACUUACAAUCCAAGGGCAACACUGAGGGGAAAAAAUAAGGCCUAGAGUCCAAGAGUGAAAAAUGCACAUGCACAAGCACAGGUGGCAAAUGCACAUCUAGAAGUUCACCUGGAAUUGUGCCUGAGGGUGUUGUAAUUGUCUAAGUGCACCGGUGCUUGUGCAUGCAUUUGUUAGUCACGUUUAUGCAUCUGCAAUCGGCUUUGCAUUCAUUGCAAUUAUGGACAUGGACCCGCAGUUGUGCAUGCACUUAUACAAUUGCAAGAAAUGCUAGUGCAAAUGUGCCCUCACAAAUGUGCCGGAAGGUGAUCGGGCUGAGGCAGUAUUUCGAGCGCCGGGUUUUCUAUCUAUAACCAAGUCCAGCGACUUUCACUCCGAAUAUCGACUCCUUUGCUUUUCAGGCUUUAGUUCCAGGCCACCCCUUUGCCUGUUAAUUGUUUUAAAGAGCCCCAAACCACCCCCUUUUCUUCCAGCUGGUGGCUCUUGGGUGACCGCUGAUGCAUGGGGAAGGAAUGGAUCAUUCCCAAGGAUACUCUUCUACAGGCGCGAUCCUGGAGCCCUCACGCAGGGACAACUCCCACUGCAGGCUGAGGGUCUGUCUGCGCAGCACAAGCUGGGCACAGGGCAGCCUACCUGAGCCAGCACGAAUCCAGCGAGCGCAGGUCACGUCGCCAUGAAGCCAACGCAGCACAGGCUACUGAGCAGAAUGCGUGGCCAGGCUCUGGGCUGGGCCGCACUACCCAGGCUGAUGCCCCUCCUGCUCUGUCUUCACUGCUGUUAACCACGCUAGCCAGCUCGGUGCUGACAGCACUGCAAGCACAGCUGGCAACAGGAGGUGGAGUAAAAUCUCCUCUGAUCUUUAAUCUCUGCUCCAUCUUGUGCACCCUGCCAUGGCAGUCGAUACCUCUGUGUCACGCAGGCUGAAAGAGCAGAAUGCCAAGCAAAGCAUGGGAGAGAAAAUAUAGGCCACAAAUUAUCCACUUUGCUGCUAGACCUGCUGGUCACCUCCACCAAUAUCCAGGUAUCAGGUGCUUGGGGGGCACAACCCAGCUGGGUAUGUACUUCAUCAUCUGCCAAGGGGACCCCCCACUUAUCUACCAUAUGGACCUCAUUAUGUACCAUAUGGACUUCAGUCGCAACCAUAUGUAUACCGUAUCAUCUCAUGAUGUUCCAUUGCUAUUUCAAUGGAGCGUAGCAGACCAGAUGCUGGAGCCGAGGGGUUAGGUUGUCCUGGGUUGUAAAACAUGGCACUCUCUGGUGGCUACACCUUCCUAGCUGAUCAGCACCCAUGUGCUAAUUUUCCAGACUGGGGCUGGCACUUAAUCAAUUGUUGACGAUGAUUUUUUAAUCGUUUUAUUUACCAAUCUCUGUUUAGAUGAUUGUGCUGCUGUUUGGUGUGGACUCGGCUGUUGCCAUAACCCAAGGGGUUAAUUGUAUAAGGGUUGCCUAUAUCAUUUUCAGUAUAAAAGUGUUUAUUUCCUUUC